AUGCCUGAUGCGUUGAGUGUUGAUGAGUUUAUUGGUGACACUCUGAAUGACGUCAGACAUCCUCUCAAAUCCGAUUUUAUUUCAAAAAUUUCAAGUGUGAGGUGUACAGUGUACAGCCUAGACGAGGGUUUAGAGACAGAUCGAAAUGUUCUUAUACGAUCAAAGAAAUUAGUAAAGUCAGUUGUCGCCUCUGGAAUAGAAAGACUUGGUCAAAUAGCUUUGGAGGGUAACGAACCCAAUGGGAAUGACAUUGCCACCAGUCUCUGCAAGUUCUCCGUUGUUCACCGGGACUUAGCCAACAUGACAAAGCAUUUGAUGCAGAAUUUAAACAGUAUCGUAGUAUUUCCAAUGGAAACAUUUAUGCAAGGUGAUAUUAAAAGCGACCUCAAGAAACCCUUCGAGAAGGCACUUAAGGAUUAUGAAUAUAAAUAUGAUAAAUUACGGAAGGAAAAAUUACAAACAAUGAAGGAAACUGGAUGCUAUGUUCCUGAAGCAUUUACAGAAGGAAUGACGAAAGAUUUAGAGAAAGAACGUCGAAGGCUUCAACUUGAAACUUGUGAAUAUCUGAUCAAAGUGAACGAAUUAAAAGCAAAACGUGGCGCUGAUCUCCUGCAGCAUUUAAUUGAUUUCUUCUAUGUUCAAACUCAUUACUUACGUGAAUGUUUAGGUGUGAUGGAUCAUUUUGGAAAAUCAAUGACUGAUUUAUCUAAUCGAGUAAAUGAAUUGCACAAAAUUAAUGAUAUACAAAAACGUCGUCUUGUUGAUACUCGAGAAGAAGUCAAGGGAGUUUUAGAUAAAGAGUGUGAUUCGAUUCGUCGGAAAUCUCGUCUAUUCGGACAGUCAGUACAAACUGGUGUCACGUAUGCAGCACAACCAACUCCAUUGAAUAAAGCAUUUGGAACUAAAAAAAAGUGGAUUUCUACUGAAAAAAUCAGAUGGAAAGGUUAA